CGUAGAAUUCAUGUAAAAAAGCAAAGACACGAAAACAAAGACACAACCCUUAUGAAGAAUACUGCGGUAAAUAAUCAAACAUCUAAAAUUCAAGCAACAUAUUAUCAAUAGCAACGGUAAGAGACCAGACGGUCAGUAAUUGCACUCCUCUCAAUGAAUAAGAAGGUAGUGGUGAGCGCCUCCAAGCCCAUGGGCUGGUCGCGAGGCACCUCCUUUGGUUCCGACGUCAGUAGAACUAGCAGUAAUACAUCGGCUUCGUCGGUGGUCCCUUCGCCUCCCUCUAGCGAGUUGUGUGCGUUGAUCAGUUUUGCAUACAAAUUAGGAUCGUCUGUUCACAACAACGAUUCUAACAUCAUAGGAAACAACAGCGAUGUUCGCCGCGAAGCGAAACUCCUUAUGAGUUUGUCGUGUUCCUCCCCCGUUCAAACGGACGAAGACGGGGAAGGACACAACAUCGUUCAUCAAAAUUGCAAUUCCAAUUAUUCCAAGGAAUUGACCGGUAGGGAAUCCAUUUCUGUGGCGAUUGAUGCAUCAUCUUCCUCCUCGUCUUCAUUGUCUACAGGGAGAAUCACGCCAACGCACAGCAUUACAUCCAUGAGUAGUGGAGGUUCGCGCCGUGACACCUUUUGUUUCACGUGCCCUUCUUUAUCUCUAGACGAUGCACAACGGGGAACAAACAACACAGUCGGAAGCAGCACUAACCCAGGAAGCAUGCUGAGCAGGACUCUCAAGGUAGACGAUCAAGACGCCAUGAGACUAUCUUCCGAAGCCAUGGCUCGGAAUGUGAUUGAGUCCGUUCAGAAGGCAAUCGAGUGGAGGAUCCUGUCAUGGGUGGAUUCACUUUCUAAUGCCCUCGUCGUCAAGGAAAUGGAACUCAAACACAAUACCAUAGGGGACGAUUUACAGCAGCUACAACAAGAGCUCUAUUACUCCAACGAGGCCCUCCUUAUAGUGGCACUUGGUGAAAUCAAGGGGAAAAUCAACGUGCUUGAGGCAAACACUGCCUUCAAGGUAUUGAACAAAGUUUCGCAAGUCGAUGAAACGGGAUUGGCUCUCAAGAAGCGACGGGUAGGGGAAGAGGAAGACCGAACUGGGUUAGAAGAGGGUGAAUACGUUUACGAUGUCGUACACAUUCUUGAAAUGCAAUGCACUCUGAACAUUUCAACGCCAGCUGGAAACGUUCAGGUCGAUCUGAACGUGCCUGGCAAGAUCAACGGAACUUUUCUCAGUGGAGAGGACGAUGCUUGCGAGGACAAGCUCACAGAUGUGGCCAUUCACCUCAACACUGAGAUGAUGGCUUCCAUGAUCGAGAAAUGCAGCCGCAUUGCUGUGCGGGUCUCCGCCGAAGCUCUUCUUAAGGGUGAACAGCAGGAUCUUCCUGAAGUCGAGGAAAAGGCAAAAGCUAUGGCUUUAGAAGAGUCUCAAAGUCAAAAUACGACUCUUAUCAAGAAAACAGUCACUACCAGUGCAAUUGUUUCGCCACCACCUGCGACAAGAAGCCCGAAGCGCAAGGCUACAGAAGACCGCAACGUCCCGGAUUUAAUGGUUAUCACACCCGCAAGAAAUACGAACUCCUCGCUUACACAAGGGAGGGGCAGCAACACGAAUCCUGUUGGCCUGCAGAUUCCGAGCAACUUUCCCAGGUCGAGGGAUGGAGGUCGCCAGUCUCAGGUCUCACAAGAUUUUACCAGUGACUUCGAUUAUGCUUCCCCAAGCACUACCAAGAUUGACUUUGCUGCUAGGUUGCCUCCCAAGAAGCUGAUUUUGAAACAAAAGAAACAUUCAGCAGCGAUCAUAACACCCCUCAAGACCAUGGCGCCGGAGUACAUCCAGCGGGAAAAGGGUCCGAAUCUUCCAGUCUUGGUAGAAGCGGCUUGUGCCGCCAUUAAGAAGAACUGAGCAAACAAGGUAUUACGUAUAACAACGGAACGUCAACUUCGGUGUCUUUCACACUGAAUGUAUACCGAACGAAUGUAAAGAACGAAAGUGCAAAUGCUCCUUCGGCAGUUUUUAAUGUGCUUCCCUAAUGUGACAAGAUUGUAUGAGCAAGCCAUGUGGUGCCAAAACAAUUAGUUUUGUGAUUGAAGUAAUGUGACUAAAAAGGAAAUUUAAAAUAAAGAAUUAUCCCUCAG